CGGAUGUUUAACCAACUGAGCCACCCAGGCACCCCUGAGUCCAUGCUCUAAAGCAUUGUAUCAAGUGCACAUUCAAGAGGAGCCCAGCCCCAGAGUGAUAAUCAGGCUUACAGCAACAGAAAGUGGAGGAGUCUGUGAGUGCCCAGGGGAGGAAAAGAUGUACUCUUCGUUGAGAAAUCACAGAAGACUUCCUGGAGGAGGGGGCAUUUAGGCUGAGUCUUGAAGGAUGAGUAGGAGUUUACCAGGAAAAGAAUAUAGAGAAAGACAUUCACUCCUUUAAUUAACAUCUCCUGAGGCCUCCCAAGAAGAGCGCAGCCCUGAAAGGGUGAUGCUGGGGACACACAGAUGAGUCACAUCUGGGCUUGGCCCUGCAGGGGCUGUCCACCUGAUGAGGAGGAGGGAUGGGGAUCGAGGCAGGUAGGAUGGGUGGAUGGGAAGGACAAUGGAGGAGAAGAGAUUAAAAAAAAAAAAAAAAAAAAAAACAACGGGCAAUGUUCUCAGGACUUGGCCAAGAUCUGGUGGUAUUAAGAGAAAAGGAAAGCACUUAAGUUCCAGGGGCGGCCCCAGAGAGGAGGAAGGAGAUGGCAUGGCUUACCUUAAAGAAGCACCCAGCGCCCCAACGCAUGCUCAAGACCCAGGCACCCCGAGGUCAUGAGGCUGGGACUCGUCUGUGCUCUGCUUUCUCUCCUGACAGGGCACGGCGGGGCAGAUACCCGAGCAAUCGGGGCUGAGGAAUGCCGCCCCAACUCGCAGCCCUGGCAGGCCGGGCUCUUCUUCCUCACCCGCCUCUUCUGUGGGGCUUCCCUCAUCAGUGACCGCUGGCUGCUCACAGCUGCCCACUGCCGCAAGCGGUAUCUGUGGGUCCGCCUUGGGGAGCACCACCUCUGGAGAUGGGAGGGUCCAGAGCAACUGUUCCGGGUCACAGACUUCUUCCCCCACCCUGGGUUCAACAAGGACCUCAGAGCCCAUGACCAUAAGGAUGACAUCAUGCUGAUCCGUCUGCCCAGGAAGGCACAUCUGGGCCCUGCUGUGCAGCCCCUCAACCUCAGCCAGACCUGCGUCUCCCCAGGCACCCAGUGCCUCAUCUCAGGCUGGGGAGCCGUGUCCAGUCCUAAGGUGCAGUACCCACUCACGCUACAGUGUGCUAACAUCAGCAUCCUGGAGCACAAACUCUGCCAUCGGGCAUAUCCGGGCCACAUCUCUGACAGUAUGCUCUGUGCCGGCCUUUGGGAGGGGGGCCGGGGUUCCUGCCAGGGUGACUCUGGAGGCCCUUUGGUUUGCGAAGGGACCCUGGCAGGUGUGGUGUCUGGGGGUGCCGAGCCCUGCUCCAGACCCCGUCGCCCCGCCGUGUACACCAGCGUAUGCCACUACGUGGACUGGAUCCGAAAGACCAUGGAGGACAACUGAGCUCUCGCGCCUCAGGACCAAGAGAGAAGGGUGGGCGCAGGGGAGCCGGGAAUUGCCGGACUCUGGCCUCGGCAGCGCUGAGACGCACUUUGCAUAUUCAGGCUCCGCCCCUGUUGGCCGACAGCGUCGAAAAGGGCAGGGAGACACCUCCGCCCUGUAGCCCCGCCUUCUAUGAUGUCACCGAGAGCUGGCACCGCCCCCAUGGGACAGCUUCGCCUAGGGCUCCGCUCGGGGAGGUCCUCCACCAGAUAGCUCCUCCCCUCGGAGCUUUGCCCAAUGAGACUUCCCCCUCUGGAUCCCACCCCUUGUAACCCCGCCUCCUCCGUGAGAGAUCCCUCCCCCGUGACGUCAGGGGCGCGGCAGCUUCCCCCACUAGGGACUGAGGCGCUGUCGGGCUCCGCCCCUCAUGGCCCCGCCCCUGGGCGUUUGAAUCCUGGCGGGGUCCCAGCCUGAGAACCAAUGGAAGAUUUUACAAUAAACGCGCGUAGCCGCGC